AUGACAGGACUGACUGCAGCCUCAGGGCUAUCAGAGAUUGUUUCCACCGUGAUUCCAGACCUUGCUCCAUACGAGGAGCUGUACAAAGAUCUUCACCGUCACCCAGGCCUCUCACUACAGGAGUCGUAUGCAGCGUCAAUCGCCACACAGCACCUGCGAACUCACGGAUACGAAGUGACGACCUCGAUUGGCGGACACGGCCUGAUCGGGGCUUUGCACAAUUGCAGGUCUUCGUCGUGUAGCGAGACGCCAGCAUCAUGCUCGGGAAAGACCCUUCUCAUCCGGGCCGAAUUGGACGCCUUGCCGGUGCUGGAGCAGACCGGUUUGGCAUACGCCAGCACGGUUCGCCAGAUUGACGUCCGAGAUGGUGUGGAAAAGCCGGUGAUGCACGCCUGCGGCCACGACAUGCACAUCGCCUGUGGGUUGGCGGCGGCCGAAGCCCUGAGCAAGCACCGACACGUCUGGAAAGGCACCGCGAUCUUCCUCUUUCAACCCAACGAGGAGGGCGGUGGUGGUGCACAGGCCAUGGUGGAGGACGGGCUCUACGACCCCCAGCGCCACGGGUGCAAGGUGCCAGACGUCGUCCCGGCGCAGCACGUCGGCGGGCUGCCUGUGGGGACGAUCCAGACCAGACGUGGCGCCAUGGCCUCGGCGGCGGAUUCGAUCAAGAUCACAAUGUACGGCAGUGGGGGACACGCGGCGAUGCCUCAUCGCACCAUUGAUCCGGUGCUGCUCGCUUCGCACGUGGUGGUGAGGCUUCAGGGCAUCGUGGCUCGCGAGGUCGAGCCCAGAACCACGGCGGUGGUCACAGUGGCGUCCAUCCAGGCCGGUCAGGCGGAGAAUGUGAUCCCCAGCGAAGCGACCAUAAAGAUCAACGUCCGCACCUGGGACCCUGAGACCCGCGAGAAGGUCCUAUCCGCCAUCCGUCGCAUCGUCCAAGCCGAGUGCGACGCAAGCGGUUGUGUGCGAGCCCCGAUCUUCGAGACCAUCAGCCAGUUCCCGCCGAUGAGCAACGACGUCGAGGUGACGAAGAAACUGGAGGAAGGGUUCGCAGCUCACUUCGGCCCUCAGAGAUACUGCAGCGACGGGGAAGCAAUGAAUGCGAGCGACGACUUUGCGUAUCUCGCCACCACGGUGGACAAGCCGUACUGCUAUUGGCGGUUUGGAGGCAUUGACCCGGCGGCCAAACCGAUCCAUGUCAACCACAGCCCCUUUUUUGCUCCAAUUCUUGAUACGGCCCUGAAAACAGGCGUCGAGGCCAUGAUUGUGGCUGCUUUGAGCAUUCUGGGACGAGAUGGAGAGUAUAAAUAG